GUUUUAUAUAUAAAUAUAAUUCAUUAUCAAAAUAUAUAUCAUCUAUUCCGUAGCGUAUAAAAUAUAUAUAAACGUUGCCGCAUCCAAAACAAAGUUGCAUAUUGUAAUCGGUUUUAUAUUAAUGUUUUAAGUAUAUGUAAAGUAAUUUUGUACUUGUAUAGUUUAAAUAUUAUGUUAUUCGUUUCAAUUUCAUCAUAUUUAUAAAAUUAACAUAAAGGUAUUGUGUUAAUACGAAUUUAGGGUUAAGAAAAUGUAAAUAGUGAACUUUUGAUCGGUUCUCAUUUUUUGUAUUAUAAUCUGACCAAAAUGGGUGAAAUGAAAAUUAAUAUCCACGAUGGUAUUAAAUCAGAACAAAAAUAUAAUAAAGUAAUAAAACAUAUAAAGGAUAAAUGGAAACUUGUACCUGCUUUCCUUAAAGGAAAAGGUCUAGUAAAGCAACAUAUUGAUUCCUUUAAUUAUUUUAUAAAUAUAGAAAUAAAGAAAAUUGUAAAAGCAAAUGAGAAGGUACUUAGCGAUGCUGAUCCUUUAUUUUAUGUAAAAUACUUAAAUGUUCAUGUGGGUUCACCUGAUGUUGAAGAAGGCUUUAAUGUAACACGUCCAACUACUCCACACGAAUGUCGUUUAAGAGAUUUAAAUUAUUCUGCUCCAAUUACAGUUGACAUUGAAUAUAUAAGAGGUCAUCAGCCAAUAAUUAGAAAUAAUUUAUUAAUUGGAAGAAUGCCCAUUAUGUUGAGAAGUUCAAAUUGUGUACUGACAGGUAAAUCACAUUUUGAAUUAGCAAAAAUGAAUGAAUGUCCACACGAUCCUGGUGGUUAUUUUGUAAUAAAUGGGCAGGAAAAAGUAAUUCUAAUACAGGAACAAAUGCUUAGAAACAGAAUCAUUUUAGAAGAAGAUAAUAAAGGAUGUAUUGUUGCUUCUUGUAACAGUUCCACUCAUGAAAGAAAAACAAAAACUAAUAUUAUCGGCAAAGGUGGACGAUAUUAUAUGAGACAUAAUAUUUUUCAAGAUGAUAUACCUGUAACAAUAAUAUUUAAAGCAAUGGGAAUUGUAAGUGAUCAGGAAAUUAUGCAACUUAUUGGUACAGAAGAAGAAUUUAUGAAAAAAUUCGCACCUAGUUUAGAGGAAUGUCAUGUAUUAAAUGUGUUUGCUCAAAAUCAAGCAUUAAGAUUUCUGAGUAAUAAAAGGAAACAGAAAAGGUUCUCAGUUAUAAAAUCUAGUGUUACAGAUGAAAUGAAAGAUGUAUUAGCAACCAACAUUUUGUCACACGUUCCUGUUGUAGAUUUUAAUUUUAAAAUGAAAGCAACUUACAUUGCUUUAAUGAUUCGUAAAGUCAUGAAAGCACAGUGUGAUGGGAAACUGGUAGAUGAUAGAGAUUAUUAUGGUAAUAAACGUUUAGAACUGGCUGGUUCAUUAUUGUCUUUGAUGUUUGAAGAUUUAUUUAAAAGAUUUAACUGGGAGUUAAAGCAAAUUGCAGACAAAAAUAUACCAAAAAUUAAAGCUGCACAGUUUGAUAUUGUAAAACACAUGAGACAGGAUCAAAUUACCAAUGGAUUGGCUUUUGCUAUAUCAUCUGGUAAUUGGACCAUUAAACGAUUUAAAAUGGAACGUCAUGGAGUCACUCAAGUAUUAUCUAGACUUUCUUAUAUUUCGGCACUUGGCAUGAUGACGCGAGUUAAUUCCCAAUUUGAGAAAACAAGAAAAGUAUCUGGUCCUCGAUCGUUACAGCCAUCUCAAUGGGGAAUGUUAUGCCCUAGUGAUACUCCUGAAGGAGAAGGUUGUGGUUUAGUAAAAAAUUUGGCUCUUAUGACACAUAUUACUACAGAAAUUGAUGAAGAGCCAAUUAUAAGAUUAGCAUUUAAUUUGGGAGUAGAAAAUGUUAAUAUCCUCGGUGGAGAAGAAAUUAAUAAUAAAGACGUUUACAUGGUUUUCUUAAAUGGUAAUAUUUUGGGUAUUGUAAAAAACUACCAGAGGUUGGUUAAUGUGUUUAGACUACUGCGCAGAAAAGGUCUCAUAAAUGGCUUUGUUUCUAUAUACAUACAACAUCAACAUAGAUGUAUUCAGAUUAGUUCUGAUGGAGGACGAUUGUGCAGACCAUAUAUUAUUGUACAACAUGGCGAACCUCUUAUACAAGAGGAACAUAUAAAAUUACUUGAACAAGGAGUAAGAUGUUUCGAAGAUUUUCUGCACGAUGGUUUAAUUGAGUACUUGGAUGUAAAUGAAGAAAACGAUAGCUCCAUCGCAUUUAAUGAAUCACAUAUCAAUGAAAAGACAACUCAUUUAGAAAUCGAACCAUUUACGUUACUUGGAGUUUGUGCGGGAUUAGUACCCUACCCACAUCACAAUCAAAGUCCAAGGAAUACUUAUCAAUGCGCUAUGGGGAAACAAGCAAUGGGAACUAUCGGUUACAAUCAACGCAAUCGUAUUGAUACAUUAAUGUAUAAUCUUGUAUAUCCUCAAGCACCCAUGGUGAAAUCCAGAACAAUAGAGCUAACCAAUUUCGAUAAAUUACCUGCCGGUCAAAAUGCAAUAGUAGCUGUUAUGUCUUAUAGCGGCUACGAUAUUGAAGAUGCUCUCAUUUUAAAUAAAGCCUCGAUUGAUAGAGGAUACGGACGAUGUUUAAUUUAUCGAAAUGCAAAAUGUACAUUAAAAAGAUAUGCUAAUCAAACGUAUGAUCGAAUAAUGGGUCCGUUGAUUGAUUCAAAUACGAAAAAAUCUGUUUGGAAACACGAUGUUAUCGAUAGCGAUGGAAUUGCUGCACCUGGAGAAAUGGUGGAAAACCGAAAGGUGAUGGUAAAUAAAUCAUCACCUUCUGCAAAUAUUGGACCAGUGAAUUCUGGCAAUGUUCAGACACAAACAGAAUACAAAGAUGUGCCAGUUGUUUUUAAAGGUCCUGUUCCUGCAUACGUUGAAAAAGUUAUGAUUUCUAGUAACGCGGAAGAUGCAUUUUUAAUUAAAUUAUUAUUAAGACAAACUCGAAGGCCUGAGAUAGGCGACAAAUUUAGCAGUCGGCACGGACAAAAGGGUGUAACCGGAUUAAUCGUGGAACAAGAAGAUAUGCCAUUUAACGAUUAUGGGAUCUGUCCUGACAUGAUCAUGAAUCCGCACGGCUUUCCUUCGCGUAUGACAGUUGGAAAACUGAUAGAAUUACUUGCAGGAAAAGCUGGCGUUAUAAAAGGAGAAUUUCACUAUGGCACAGCAUUUGGAGGUUCGAAAGUGGAAGAUGUUUGCGAAGAAUUGAUAAAGCAUGGUUAUAAUUAUUUAGGCAAAGAUUUAUUUUAUUCCGGUAUUACUGGAGAACCAUUACAAGCAUAUAUUUACUCUGGUCCGGUAUAUUAUCAAAAAUUAAAACACAUGGUGCAAGAUAAAAUGCAUGCCCGUUCUCGAGGGCCAAGAGCUGUAUUAACACGUCAACCAACGGAAGGUCGUGCCAAAGAAGGAGGUUUACGAUUAGGUGAAAUGGAACGAGAUUGUUUAAUCGGAUACGGUGCUAGUAUGAUGUUGAUAGAAAGACUUAUGAUAUCCAGUGAUGCAUUUGAUAUUGAUAUAUGCAACAAAUGUGGUUUGAUGGCAUAUAGCGGUUGGUGUCACAGUUGUCGUUCUAGUUCAUGUGUUUCUACGAUUUCUAUGCCUUAUGCUUGCAAAUUACUUUUUCAAGAACUCCAAUCUAUGAAUAUCGUACCUCGUCUAACUUUGAAAAAUUAUUGUGAGUAAUUUUAUACAAUGUGAUAAUUUUCUUUUAACGCUUUUCUAACAUAAAGGAAAGGAAACGUCAAAAGUAUUCCACAUAUAUCUUUGA